UCAUGUUUCUUUACCAGCUACUCAACUUCUUCUACGUAGCUUCCAAAAAGGAGGAAGACUCCAAACAUGACCUGUCUCUUUACAAGCGUGGUGAUUUAUUAGAAGUCCCCAGGACCUUAUUCACACAUUUUGGGAUCUACUUGGGUGGCAAUCGUGUGGCUCAUCUCAUCCCGGACAUCCUGCCUGCGAUUUCUAGGAAUAAAUCUGCAAUUGCGAAGAUGGUAACAAAUAACCGUCUCCUGCUGGGGGUUAUCGCCAAGGUCGCCAGCGUCAGAGUGGACACGGUGGCAGAUUUUUCGUACGGUUCAGAGAUUCUGAUCAACCACAUGGACAGAGUGUGCAGCCAGCCACCUUUGGACGGGGACGAGGUGGCCAGAAGGGCCGAGAAACUCCUGGGCUCAGUCACAUACAGCUUACUGUGGUACAACUGUGAACACUAUGUCAUGUACUGCAGAUAUGGAAUGGCCAUCAGCUACCAGACGUACCAGUUCUGCACAGCAGUACGGAAGAUUGUGUGCAGCAGGAUGAGUGCCUAUUUGACUGCACUGUGUGGAGUAGGAGCUGUGCUGUACGCGGGCUGCGUGACACCACUGACGGUUUUACCGACCCUGUUCAUCUCAUUCACCAUCUGGAUGGCAGCCUGACGGCCUCUGGCGGGACGGCUCAUGAGAAAGACUCAUUCAACACACUGGUGGAAGCUGAAAUGAAGUCCUGUGGUUUAGCUGCAUGACUAAAGUCAUUGGGAAACAACGGAGUUCACUUCAAUAAGAAUGUCAGUAUUUUACUUUUUACCUUCUUUGGAUAAUUAUUGAAUGUUUUUCUUUUGUCUGAAUAUGUUGCUCCUAAUAGUCUUAUUUCAUAAGGUACUUAACAUUAAUGUUCACCAGGCUCUAUUCAACAUUCAUUUCAUUUAACAGUAGCAACUCAUAGAUUAUAAAUAGACUUUGACCGAGCACAGUGGCGAACUCAGGAAGACUGAGACAGAGAAAUCCAGCAGGAGGAGACUGAAGGGGAAUCAUCAUGGAUGUUGCAGGAUUAUUUUUACUUUUCGGUGUGAUAUACUUUAAAAGGUUGCCUUGGACAAAGUGCAAUGAGUUUUAUCAUAGUGGAAUACAGUAUAAUUUUUUUAAUAUAUAGUAUAAGACAAUUGUCAGAUGUAUUUGUCAGUCCAUUAAACAUGUCUUUCUACCUGC